CUUCCGGCCAGGCCCGGGUCGGGCAUCCAUAACCACCGGGGGGCCGCGAUCCGGAAAAGCCGGAAGCGGCCGGCCCGGAGAAGGGUUGACGGACGCUGUGUAGGCCCAGGGAGGGCCCGAGCUUUGCAGCCUGCUCUCCGCUCAGUCCUGCCGCGGCGCUGGCCGGGACUACGCUUCCCAGGACGCUUUGCGGUGGCUGCACACGCCCACUUCCGGCAGCGGCCCGCGGCCCGGGUUGGUGCGGCCCGGCGGUGUCGGGGUCUCGGCGGCCGGGGUGGGCGCGGGGCGGGGCGGGGCCGGCUGGACGCCGGGCGUGUCCGGGGCGGGAGGGGGAGCGAGCGCGCGCGCCGCGCAGACAUGCAGGGGGAGGCGGGCACGGGUAGGAGCGCGGGGUCCCGCGGGCAGGACUCCCCGCCGCGGCGAGGCGCCCCCAGCACAAAGCCCGGGGCGGGCCGGGGCCGGACUGCGGGGACCCCGACUGCCUUCGUCCGUCCAGCCCGGGGAAGGCCGCGCGGGAGGAAUGGGCUCCCGUCCAAGAGCCAGCGAGGAGCGGUGACGACGGGGCCUGAGAACCGAGCUCUGCCUUCCAGAGGCCCUGCGCUUCUCCAGGACAGGAGGCAGAAGCAGGAGGCCGCGGGGACAGGACCUGAGCUGAAAGCCUUGUCUCGGAGCUUGGUGACGUUCGGGGAUGUGGCCGUAGAUUUCUCCCAAGAGGAGUGGGCGUGGCUGAACUCGGCUCAGAGGAACCUGUACAGGAGUGUGAUGUUGGAGAACUACAGGAACCUGGCCUCUCUGGGACUCUGCGUUUCCAAGCCCGAUAUGAUCUCCUCGUUGGAACAGAGGAAAGAGCCCUGGAUGGUGAAGAGAAGGCUGACAAGAGGCCGGGGCCCAGAUUUGGAGGCAGGGCCAGAGACCAAGGAGUUACCUGCGAAGAAGGACAGCUGUAAAGAAAAGUUGUCCCAGGUGGUGAUCAUGGAGAGACUCACAAACCACAGUCUGGAAUGCUCCAUAUUAGGGGAAGACUUGGAUUAUGGUGCUCUUCUUGAGAGGCCACCGGGCUUGGUGACCAUCACGAACAUGGCCAUAGACUUCUCCCAGCACCUGGACCCAGCUCAGAAGAGUUUCUGUAAGAAUGUGAUGUGGGAGAAUCGUAGUGACCUGGGGUCUGUAGGGCCCUGUGUGUCUAAGGCCAACUUGGUCUCUCUGCUGCAGCAAGAGAAGGAGCCCUGGAUGGUGGACAGAGAGCUGCCAAAGGGCCUGGGGUCAGGUCAACAGUCUAUACAUGAGACCCAGGAAUUAUUUCUAAAGCAGGAUUCAUUUGCUGAAGUAACAGACAGAACUUCAAACACUAAUUUGGAGCGUUCCACUUUCAGAGAAAAUUGGGAUUCUGAGGGUGUGUUUGAAAGGAAGCUGGUAGGUCAGGAGACACAAUUCAGGCAAGAGACAAUCACUCAUAACAAGAUCCUCUCGAAGGAAAGAGAACGUACUUUUAACAAAUCUGGAAGAUGGUUUCAUUUGGACAUUUCAGAAGAGAGAGUUCAUAAUCAUGAUUCAGUUAAAAAUUUUCCCAAAAAUUCAGUGGUAAUAAGACAUACAGGAAUUUAUGCAGGAAAAAAACUUUUCAAAUGUAAUGAAUGUAAGAAAACUUUUACCCAGAGCUCAUCCCUUACUGUUCAUCAGAGAAUUCAUACUGGAGAGAAACCCUAUAAAUGUAACGAAUGUGGAAAGGCCUUCAGUGACGGCUCAUCCUUUGCUAGACAUCAGAGAUGUCACACUGGCAAGAAGCCUUAUGAAUGUAUUGAAUGUGGGAAAGCUUUCAUACAGAACACAUCCCUUAUUCGUCAUUGGAGAUAUUACCACACUGGGGAGAAACCCUUUGAUUGCAUCGAUUGUGGGAAAGCCUUCAGUGAUCACAUAGGACUUAAUCAACAUAGGAGAAUUCAUACUGGAGAGAAACCCUACAAAUGUGAUGUAUGUGACAAAUCCUUUAGGUAUGGCUCAUCCCUUACUGUGCAUCAAAGGAUUCAUACUGGAGAAAAACCAUAUGAAUGUGAUGUUUGCAGAAAAGCCUUCAGCCAUCAUGCAUCACUCACUCAACAUCAAAGAGUGCAUUCUGGAGAAAAGCCUUUUAAAUGUAAAGAGUGUGGGAAAGCUUUUAGGCAGAAUAUACACCUUGCUAGUCAUUUGAGGAUCCAUACUGGGGAGAAGCCCUUCGAAUGUGGGGAAUGUGGUAAAUCCUUCAGCAUCAGUUCACAGCUGGCUACUCACCAGAGAAUUCAUACUGGAGAGAAGCCCUAUGAAUGUAAGGUUUGUAGUAAAGCAUUCACCCAGAAGGCUCACCUUGCACAGCAUCAGAAAACUCAUACGGGAGAGAAACCAUAUGAAUGUAAGGAAUGUGGUAAAGCCUUCAGCCAAACCACACACCUCAUUCAACACCAGAGAGUUCAUACUGGAGAGAAACCCUACAAAUGUGUUGAAUGUGGGAAGGCCUUUGGUGAUAACUCAUCCUGUACUCAACAUCAGAGGCUUCACACUGGCCAAAGACCUUAUGAAUGUAUUGAAUGUGGGAAGGCAUUCAAGACAAAGUCAUCCCUUAUUUGUCAUCGCAGAAGUCAUACAGGAGAAAAACCUUACGAAUGUAGUGCAUGUGGCAAAGCCUUUAGCCAUCGUCAGUCCCUUAGUGUACAUCAGAGAAUUCACUCUGGAAAGAAACCAUAUGAAUGCAAAGAAUGUAGGAAAACCUUCAUCCAAAUCGGACACCUUAAUCAACAUAAAAGAGUCCACACUGGAGAGAGAUCCUACAACUACAAGAAAAGCAGGAAAGUCUUCAGGCAGAGCGCACACCUUGCUCACCCAAGAACUCAUAAUGGAGAGACAACAGCACGUCCAUCUUUCCCUUCCACAUCGAGUCCUGUGGAUCUUCUCCCCAGGUUCCUCUGGGGUCCACCAUCACUGUCGUCCCCCUAGUCUCAGUGUUAUUUCAGCUGGACUAUUCCAGUAGUUCAAACACGGGCCCCUCUGUCUGUUCAGUGUGGUUUUGUUGUUUCCUUUAUGAGUUUGUUCUCCACGUUGCAGUCAGCCUGAUUUUUUUAAAAGUGUAAAUAUAGAUCACUCCUCAUAUAAAAACUUGCAUUGGGAUCUUUUAAACUGGUUAAUCCAUAAGAUGUGCUUAGCACGGUGCCUGGUUCAUCCCAGGUGUUGAAAAAACAUUGUUUGGGAACAUUGAAGAGUCAUCAGGGUCAGCUCUGAAUAAAACAGUGCAUAGAAGGAGGCCAGGAGACACCCGUCGAGGUAGCUUACAGGUAGUCAGUGAGGUUUGGCCAGCAGUGGUUUAAAACUCGGUUCCAUAAUGUUGAGUUAGAACUGUGGCUUUCCAUCUCAUCUGCAUAAAUGUGAGGUGAUGCGACUUUAUUGGUGAGGAAAUUCAGCUUUACUAUCCGAGAACAGUCUUAGUGUAGAGAACAUGGAUGAGUGGUCCGCUUGGAACAAAAGAGCUGAAACAAUAAAAAAAAAAUGCAAGAUUUAUAUGCACAAAGUUAAAACUGUUGACAUGGUACUCAAGACGUAGAAAAUUUGGAAAGAUCUGAUCUAUUUAAAAUCACCUGAGCUCACAAAUGAAUUCAGACUUUUUUUUUUUUAAUGUUUACUUAUUCUUGAGAGAGAGAGACCGAAUAUGAGUGGGGGAGGGGUAGAGAGAGAGAGGGAGACACAGAAUCCGAAGCAGGCUCCAGGCUCUGAGCUGUCAGCACAGAGACAGACGCGGGGCUCGAAUCCACGAACCGCGAGAUCAUGACCUGAGCCGAAGUCGGACACUUCACCGACUAAGCUCCCAGGCGCCCCUAUGAACUCAUUAAACUUUUAAGGAACUGUCAACUGAUAAGCUAAACUGAUCUAAAGCAGGUCUCAGCAAACUGUGACUCACGGUCAAAGUCUCACUGACUGGUUUUGUAUGGCCCAUGGUCUAAAAUUUUAAAUGGUUGAACAAGUGAAUAGAAGAUUUUGUGACGUGAAAAUUUACAUUAAAUUUAAAUGUCAGUGUCUGUAAAUAAAGUUUUAUUGGCAUACAGUCACACUCACUUGUUCACGUAUUUCCUGUGGGUGCUUUCACUCAACAAUGGCAGAGUUGAGUCAGUAUUGAGGCAAAGCUCAAAUAUUUACUCUCUUUCCUUUUACAGAAAAAGUCUGCCAAACCCCGCUGUAGCACAGAGAAUAUACAAAAAGUUCUAAUCAUUUCUGCGAGCAUAAUGCAACUCUCACUUCAAAAACCAGACAAACUACAAGGCAACUUAUGAAUAGACGUAAAAAGGAAUUAUUGAAAUAUGAGAAUAUGUCAGUAGAGGAGAAAUCUGUUUUUCUAGAUGAAAUAUUCAGUACUGUUAAAGUGUUUGUAAAUUGUCAUUCACAACAGAGUCCCCGUAGGGUAUGUUUACUUUGACAGUUCUAGUUGAAACAGCACAAGGAAAGCUAAUGUGGCAAGCAUAAGCAGGACAUUUU